GCAUAAAAGAUACUGAAAGCCCAACUAAAGCCCAAUCGAACCGAACCCUACACCAACCAGAUCGGCGCCGUCAAGACGACCACCGCCGCUUCUGCCUCACCGACGUUCCUUCCACCCGCCGUUUCACCGCCCUGCCUCGUCAGUUGUUCCAGCUCUACUUCACGACCACUUGCCUCACGCCGUCGCCGUCCACUGCUGUCCUUUACUUCUCUUUUCCUCCUUCCUCUCAUUUUCUACUUCUCGCCUUCGUCUCACAUCUCUCUAUCGGUUUCACGCCACCGGCGUUGUUGUCGUCCUGCCGCCACUACAUUCGGCGGUUGCACUCUCUUUUCCUUCACGCCAGCGUCGCCCUUAAUCUCGGGACUGAUAAUGUGAGUGGCCUAUGAAAGUUGAGCGACUUUUGUGAUGGUUAAAAUGGGUCGGUAGCCGUAUGGAUCUAGAACGGAGCAAACACUAGGCCAGGGUCCUCAAGAGUUUCCUUUAAAAAUGACUCUGACUGCAGGGACGGCAUCAGGUAUCCAUUUGGACUUACUUAAUAAUCAUCAAAGGAAAUAGAGAGACAGCCACAUAGCAGUGGAGCAUGAAAUCCCACUCUCCUUGGAGCACAGCUAGAAACCCAGUCAAGUUCCGGAUACCAACAGCAGAUAACCUAGUCCCGAUACGCCUGGACAUUGAAAUUGAAGGCCAGAAAUUUAGAGAUGCUUUCAUCUGGAACCCUUCUGAUCCUGAUUCUGAAGUAGUGGUGUUUGCAAAAAGAACAGUGAAAGACUUAAAACUGCCUCCUGCUUUUGUCACUCAGAUUGCUCAGUCCAUACAGACACAGCUAACUGAGUUUCGCUCGUAUGAAGGGCAAGAUAUGUAUACUGGCGAGAAAGUUGUUCCUAUCAAGCUUGAUCUUCGUGUUAACAGUACUCUUAUAAAAGAUCAUUUUUUAUGGGAUUUGAACAACUUCGAGAGCAACCCGGAAGAAUUUGCCAAAACUUUUUGCAAAGACAUGGGCAUUGAAGAUCCUGAAGUUGGACCUGCAAUUGCAAUUGCCAUACGAGAACAACUUUAUGAGAUUGCUGUACAGAAUGUGACUUCAGCCCGUGAAAGCAGAAUAAACAAGAAAGGCCGCAGGGGGCUCGAACAUAGCCAGGCCAGCAAGAACAGUGGGAAUGCUGCGGACUUAUUUAAGUUAUUUGGCAGCAAGUCCAGCGUAGUCAGAAAGAGGAAGGAGUGGGAUGUAUAUGAACCGAUGAUCGAUCUUCUAUCAAACGAGGAGGUGGAUGCCCUUAAAGCUAAAGAAGAAAGAAAUGCUCGAUGACUUCAAACAGAGGGUGUUCGGUUGCCCAAGAUUAAUUGUAUUUCAAAUUGUACUACUGAUUUUAUCAAUGCUAUCUUGACCUUUAAAAUC